CCGUACCCAGUUUGAAAUCAUCAAUUUCACGGGUUCGUGGCCUACCACCUACAGCAGUGAAGCUUGCAAGCAUCUGAACCCUCGACCAGCCGUUCAAGAUGUUUCACAAGCUCAUACUGGCAUUGCCUCUUCUCUCGCUCACAUUCCUUGCCCUUGCCAGUCCACUGGAACAACGCGAAGCUGCACCAGGACUUAUCGAUGACUUACUGAAGGGGAUCCUGUCCCAAGUACAACAACUCAUCAAAGACGUACUCGCUGGUGUGAAGUCCGGUAUCGACAACGACAAGUCCAACAAGCCAGUCAUCUGCAUAUCAGCCAUUGACUCUUGCUGUGCCUGGUACGAUGUAUCAAAAGAGCUCACAAGUCUGUUCUUAGAAUCAGACGGCCAAUGCAACGACAACGCCCGUGCGGCAGUACGCCUUGGUUUCCACGACGCCGGAUCCUGGGACAAGAACUCACCCAAUGGCGGCGCUGAUGGUUCUCUUCUGAUGGACUUUGGCGAGGAAACACGACCAGAGAACAACGGUCUGCAAGGUAUUCGUCAGGUUCUUAAGGGUGUACAAACCAAAUAUAAAGUUGGAUACGCCGACCUUGUUCAAUACGCACACAACCACGCCACUAUUUCAUGCCCCAAGGGACCUCGCAUAAGAACCUUCGUUGGCCGUAAAGAUGCGACAAAAGCUGCACCCACUGGUUUGUUGCCAGAUGUCCACGACAGUGCAGACAACCUUAUCGCGCUCUUCCAAGCCAAAGGAUUCUCUGCCCACGACCUUGCCGCUCUCGUCGGCGCGCACGCAACAGCAAAGCAACGCUUUGUCGACACUGCCCAAGCCAACAAGCCCCUCGAUACUACUCCGGGAGUUUGGGAUGUAGAAUUCUACAAUGAUACGCUGCAGCAAGAGACCAAACCCAACGACAAGAUCUUCGUUCUUCCUUCCGACAAGGUGUUGAGCGUACACCCUAAGAUCAACGAUGAGUGGAAGUCCUUUGUUGGUGACCAGCCACACUGGAACGAAGACUAUGCGAAGGCAUAUAUCAGGAUGAGCUUGACAGGUGUGACAAACUUGAAGGAUCUGAGGGACUGCACGAGGACGCUGCCAGCGAGUAGGCCGAACUUUAUGAUCCCCAAAAAGCAGUAAGUGCAGAUGGUUUGACUUGAUUUGCGCUUUAAUACCCUUACUAUAGUAAUUAAUUAAUGAGACCAUGAAAUCAACAGCCACAAGG